CCUUCCCUCACCUUGAAGAUCGCAACUACCAAUCAAUUCCUUUUCUUGGUCAGUGCUGUCCCUUCUAGCAGUUUCUACAUACAAUAUAAACAAACAAAGACCCCAAACUGCAAGGAACGGGAUCUGUAAACAGGGAAGCCGCAGCAAUGGCGUCUCCGAGAUUGUUUGCCAACUACCCAGGCGCGAGAGAGGCGACGGAUAUCAGCUACGACCUGGCCGACCAGGCAAAGAACCCCGUGUUGCGCGGCCUCCCUCUGGCCAUUGGCGCCGCCAUUGUAACGAGGAGUAUAGUCGUGCAGCGGUUCCUGUACGGCAAUGCUGGGUUCGACAAGCUGAGUGCUGUCGAGAGUCUGAACGACGAGCCGUGGCGAUUCGAUCCCACUGUCAUCCCCCUCAGAGAUCCCUCGACAGCCAGCAUCUCAGAGCCAACAUUCGAGCCAGAGCUGCUCAAGGGCCUGCCUGCAGACACACCAGGGCGCUACGCGUCCUUUGCAGAUUAUCACAACGUCUACCUCUCGGGCGCAGCCACGCCGGUACAGGUGGUGGAGGCUCUCCUCCCCCUCAUCCGGCGUGAUGUCCCCUCGCCCACGCCAUACUCCAAGGCGUGGCUCGACAUCCAUGUCGACGACGUCCUCGCCGCCGCCCGGGCUUCUGCCGAGCGUUACGCCUCUGGCAAGCCCCUGGGCGUGCUUGAUGGUAUCCCCUUCGGCGUCAAGGCUGACCUCCCCGUCAGGGGCUACCUCAGCACCUACGGCAUGCGCGUCGACCCGUCGCUGUCCUUCUUCCGCACCCCCGAGACCGAUACGCUCUGGCCCGUCCAGAAGCUCGAGGAGGCCGGUGCCAUCAUGCUUGGCAAGAUGAACCAACACGAAAUCGGUAUGGACACGACGGGCUGCAACCCCGUGACCGGAACCCCCGUCAACUUUUGCAACCCAGCGUACUACCCAGGAGGGUCCUCAUCGGGCGCUGGUUCGGCGCUGGGCGCGGGCCUCGUACCCUUGUGUGUCGGUACCGAUGCUGGCGGCUCCAUUCGUGUGCCUGCUGCCACAGCGGGGUGCGUCUCCCUCAAGACGAGCCAUAACCGCACCUGCGUCAUGACCAGUAGCAUGUGCAUCGUAGGUCCCAUGUGUGCCAACGUCACCGACCUCACCGUCGCGUACCGCAUUAUGGCCCAGCCCGACACCUCGGACCCCGUGAGCGGACUGUUUGCACCGAGCGAGAAGCCGGCGGCGCAGGCAGGCGCGGGCGGGAAGAGGUAUCUGGGUCUGUGCCGGCCAUGGGUCAACCGUGCCACCCCCGAGGUGCGCGCGCUGUUCGACAAGGCCGUCGCAUGGUACGAACAGGAGCUAGGCUACGAGGUUAUCGACAUUGACAUUCCGCUCAUAGCUGAAGGCCGGACCGCGCACGGCGCUAUCAACCUCGCCGAGGCUGCGGAUAAGGCCCGCGCGCGUGUGUCCCCGGCAGCAGACGGUGCCGCCGCAGCCGCGAGAUGGACGGACCUGCUGUCACCGGCCAACGCCAUUACCUGCUGUGUGGGCGCACAGACCACAGCUGGGGACUACCUGCGCUUCGCCCAGGUGCGCUCGGCGCUCAUGCGGCACCUGGCAUUUCUUUUUGAGCGGUACGGGGCGCGGUUGCUGAUCGUAUCGCCCACGCUGCCUGAUGCAGGAUACGCCGUGUCCCCUGGUGACGAGGCGCGCGGGUUCACAGAUGGCGACCGAACCAUGCGGAGCAUGCUGUUUGUGUGGCUGAGCAAUAUGACCGGGUGCCCGUCUGCCACGGUGCCCGUCGGCUAUGUACCGCCCGAGAAGGGCCACGGAAAGCUGCCCGUCGGCAUGCUGGCGAUGGGAAUGUGGGGCGAGGAGGAGAACGUGCUCGGGUGGGCGGCGGACGGAGAGAAGUACCUGAGGGAGGGGCUUGAGGGCGGUCGGGUCAGGCCUGAGGCAUGGGUUGAUGUGAUCGGGCUGGCGAAGGAAGGCAAGACGUUCAACUGA